CCAACAAGGAGCGCGUGCCCACACGAAGCUCUUCCAAGGCCUUUCGUCAUUGGCGCCUUCCGCGCGGUGGCGCACGUUGCGAGCCCGCAAGAUCGCUAACCGCAACACGCGUACGCGCUGUCUCGUGUUCCAAGCGUCAACCAGUCAAGCAAGAAAGACUGCCAAUCCGCUCCGACGUUUGCGAAACGGAAUCCAGGGAGUGCCCGUGCAACAACGCCGAGGCAGACGUGUUUCAUCUGCGCGCCGCGAGUUGCCGCCCACCUCGGUAGCCGCCAUUGCGAACACCGGGACUCUUCUACUUGCUUGCCAGCCUCCAGCGCGGCAGGCGGUGUAGGUUUGCGGGACGCUCAGUUCUAUUUCGAGGCGUCGGCGUCCUAGGUGAGCAGUCGCGUGUGAGUGCGCCGCUUGUGUUGCGAAGCCAUGGCUACGAAACCAGUGGUUGUGUCUGUUGUGAUCAUGGUCGUCGCCAUGUUGUUGGUGUGGGCACCACGUGACGCAGCGGCUGACUCCAGUGGCCUCCUCAAGUACUUGGGCUGCCUGCAGAAGCUGGCAGGAACUAGCGGUGCUUGCGGGAAAAGGAAGAACGAGUUUAGCGCGCUGGAACAGGCAUUCGGAAUUGACCACAAACACAAAUCGGACAGGGAGAAGAAGGGCCUGUGCUGUAAGUUCUCGAGUUACGUCGACUGUUAUAUGAAGAACGUACGCCACAGCUGCGGUGAUGCGGCCGGCAAGUACGCCCUCAAGUUCAUCGAGUCCUCGACCCAGAAGUACGUGCGCAACACGUGCCACAAGUUCGACAGCCGCAAGUGCAGCUCGGCCUUCUCCACGUCGGCGUCGAGUCUGGUCGUCCUGGGCGUAACCUCGGCCGUGCUCGCCUUCUCCCUGCUGCUGUGAUGAUGCUGCCACCGAAGUGUUGUAGUCAGACCAGACCUGUAGCUAGACCUCCGAGAUAGCUGCUAGAUUGUUGGACAUCUCGGGGACCACGGCUUUAGCAGACUUCUUCGGUUAUCCGUCACGUGAAGUCCAGGACAGUCCAAACCUGGGCGUAACCUCGGCCGUGCUCGCCUUCUCCCUGCUGCUGUGAUGACGCUGCCGCCGAAGUGUAGUCAGAUCAGACCUGUAUCUAUGGACCUCCGAGAUAGCUGCAAGACCGUUGGACAUCUCGGGGACCACGGCUUUAGCGGACUUCUUCGGUUAUCCGUCGCGUAAAGUCCAGGACAGUCCAAGCCUCGAAUGAAUGAGCGUUGUGAACGCGUUGUCUUGGGCAGUCCGAGGAUAUCAUAGAUGGAUGACCGAAGAUGUCCGCGUAGUGAUCACUGGUCUUCUUCAGUUACCCGACACAGACUGUGCUCAAUUGCUCAAGGCCGUCUCCCCGGCCAAUGGGCGUUGUCUGUGCAGCGCCUCAGGUUUUCGGGCAUGCAUAAACUAAAAGGCCCUGUGGAAGUCCUCGCCUUGUGAAAGAGCAUGGCCGGACGUUUACCGGGACUUCCGAGCUCACAGUGCUCGUAAGAGGUCUCGGAAGAUCACUGCAUUACUUACUACUCCGCUAUAUUGCGAAAAUGCUAGACUGACAAUGGUAGUGUAGCUUAGAUAUUACUGUGGUGCUGCAAGUGUUUGUCAUGACCGGGCCACUUGUGCGUGAAAGUUAGGGUCACAACACGGGUAGAACAGAAAGGACAGUUGUGCUUCCAUGUUAUCCGAUUCUGGCCCAUGUGCAAUUGUUCUUCAGAUGUCUAAAAAAAGAAAUAUUUAUUGCCAGAAUCAGUUUGGUGUAUAAAAACUUUUGAAACUUUUACAAA